CGGUGGGUGGGUCUGGGAGGGAGAAGAAGAUCAGGGAGCAGGGAAGGUGGCCACGGAGUGGAGUGGAGCCGGUGAGGAGCCCUUCCUGUGCCAGGCGGGCAGAGCCAAAGCCGGGGAGCCCGGAGCUGGGGGGAGGGCCGGGGACAACCCGGCCCUGCCCCCUCCCCCUCCGUGUGCCCAGCAACUUCUGAGGAAAGUUUGGCAGAGCUCGCGCGCUGCCCCGAGGAUGGGCAGGGUCCCGCUGGCCUGGUGGCUGGCUCUGUGCUGCUGGGCGUGCGUGGCCCCCAACGGCUCACAGGCUCAGGAGGACCCCUUUGUGGGGAGCCCAGGGAACAUCACUGGUGCCCGGGAACUCACGGGGACCCUUCAGUGUGAGCUUCUGGUUCAUGGGGAGCCCCCUGAGGUGACCUGGCUCCGGGAUGGACAGGCCUUGGAGCUGGCAGACAGCACCCAGAUCCAGGUGCCCCUGGGUGAAGAUGAGCAGGACGACUGGAAAGUGGUCAGCAAGCUCAGGAUCUUGUCCUUGCAGCUCUCGGACGUGGGAUGGUACCAGUGCGCAGUGGUCCUGGGAGGAAGGAACUUUGUGUCCCAGCCUGGCUAUAUUGGACUGGAGGGCCUGCCCCACUUCUUGGAGGAGCCUGAGGACAGGACUGUUACUGCCAACACCCCCUUCAACCUGAGCUGCCGGGCCCAGGGUCCCCCAGAGCCCGUGGACCUCUUCUGGCUCCAGGAUGCUGUCCCCCUGGCUGCGGCCGCGGGCCACACCCCCCAGCACAUACUUCAUGUUCCAGGCCUGAACAAGACGUCUUCUUUCUCCUGUGAAGCCCAUAAUGCCAAGGGGGUCACCACAUCCCGCACGGCCAUCAUCACAGUGCUUCCCCAGCGGCCCCAUGACCUCCACUUGGUUUCCAGUCUGCCCACAAAGCUGGAGGCGGUUUGGACACCAGGCCUGAGUGGUAUCUAUCCCCUCACCCACUGCACCCUGCAGGCUGUGCUGUCAGAUGAUGGGGUUGACAUCAGGCUGGGAGAGCCAGAUCCCCCGGAGGAGCCCCUCACCAUGCAAGUAUCCGUUCCCCCUCACCAACUACAGCUGGACAGCCUCCGUCCUCACAGUCCUUAUCACAUCAGGGUGGCAUGUGCCAGUAGCCAGGGCCCCUCACCCUGGACCCACUGGCUUCCCGUGGAGACGCCUGAGGGAGUGCCUCUGGGCCCCCCUAAGAACAUUACCGCCAUACGGAAUGGGAGCCAAGCCAUCGUGCGUUGGCAGAAGCCAAUGGCACCCCUGCAGGGCACUCUGUUAGGGUACCGGCUGGCCUAUCGAGGCCAGGACACUCCUGAGGUGCUAAUGGACAUAGGACUAAAGCAAGAGGUGACCCUGGAGCUGCGGGAGGACAGGACUGUGCCCAACCUGACGGUGUGUGUGGCAGCCUACACCGCCUCUGGGGAUGGACCCUGGAGCCUCCCCGUGCCCCUAGAGCCUUGGCGCCCAGGGCAAAGACAGCCAGUGCACCAGCUGGUGAGUGAACCUCCAGCCCCCUCCUUCUCAUGGCCCUGGUGGUAUGUACUGCUGGGAGCAGUUGUGGCCGCUGCCUGUGUCUUCAUCUUGGCCCUGUUCCUCAUCCAUCGGCGGAAGAAGGAGACCCGCUAUGGAGAGGUGUUUGAACCAACAGUGGAGAGGGGCGAGCUGGUGGUCAGGUAUCGUGUUCGCAAGUCCUACAGUCGCCGGACUACUGAAGCCACCUUGAACAGCCUGGGAAUAAGCGAAGAGCUGAAGGAGAAGCUGCGGGAUGUGAUGGUGGACCGGCAUAAGGUGGCCCUGGGGAAGACCCUGGGAGAAGGAGAGUUUGGAGCUGUGAUGGAGGGCCAGCUCAACCAGGAUGACUCCAUCCUCAAGGUGGCUGUGAAGACAAUGAAGAUUGCCAUCUGCACAAGGUCGGAGCUGGAGGAUUUCCUGAGUGAAGCUGUCUGCAUGAAAGAAUUUGACCACCCAAAUGUCAUGAGGCUCAUCGGCGUCUGUUUCCAGGGUUCCGAACUAGAUGGCUUCCCUGCACCUGUGGUCAUCUUACCUUUCAUGAAACAUGGAGAUCUACACAGCUUCCUUCUCUAUUCUCGACUCGGGGACCAGCCAGUGUUCCUGCCCACUCAGAUGCUGGUGAAGUUUAUGGCAGACAUUGCCAGUGGCAUGGAGUAUUUGAGUACCAAGAGAUUCAUACAUCGGGACCUGGCCGCCAGGAACUGCAUGCUGAAUGAGAACAUGUCCGUGUGUGUGGCAGACUUUGGGCUCUCCAAAAAGAUCUACAAUGGGGACUACUACCGCCAGGGACGUAUUGCCAAGAUGCCAGUCAAGUGGAUUGCCAUUGAGAGCCUGGCUGACCGCGUCUACACCAGCAAGAGUGAUGUGUGGUCCUUCGGGGUGACAAUGUGGGAAAUUGCCACUCGGGGCCAAACCCCAUAUCCAGGAGUGGAGAACAGCGAGAUUUACGACUACCUGCGUCAGGGAAACCGCCUGAAGCAGCCUGUGGACUGUCUGGAUGGACUGUAUGCCCUGAUGUCCCAGUGCUGGGAGCUAAACCCCCAGGACCGGCCAAGUUUUUCACAGCUACGGGAAGAUCUGGAGAACACACUAAAGACCCUGCCACCUGCCCAGGAGCCUGAUGAAAUCCUCUAUGUCAACAUGGAUGAGGGUGGGAGUCAUGCUGAACCACUUGGAGCUGCUGGAGGAGCUGACCCCCCAACCCAGCCUGAUCCUAAGGAUUCCUGCAGCUGUCUCACCGCAGCUGAGGUCCAUCCUGCUGGGCGCUAUGUCCUCUGCCCUUCUACAGCCCCUGGCCCCACCCUACCUGCUGACAGGGGCUCCCCAGCACCACCCGGGCAGGAGGAUGGAGCCUGAGACAACCCUCUGCCUGGGACUUCCUCUCAGGACCCAAGCUAGGCACUGCCACCUACGUUCCCAUUCCAGACCUUAACCCCAAAUGCAGCUCUCUCUUCCGACCAAUUCCACUUCCAUCUCACACAAAUCCUCUCGCUUUCUACAUCUUAGUGUCCCGUGUGUAAAAGGAAGGGGUUGGACUGCAAUCCCUAAGCAUCCUCCUAAGUCUAACAUUCCAAGAUUUUGGAUUCUAAGGUUUAAAGAGCCUUAGGUUUGAAAGAAGUUAUGAGUCUUAGGUUCUAAGGACCUGAAAUUCCAAAUUAUCUAAUUUUAAAGUGCUAAGGUUCUAGACAUGAAAGCUCUAAAGUCUAUAUUUGAAAGUUCUGAGAUCCUACGGCCCUAGAUUUUUCUGUUUUUAAAAUUCUUGAUAAAAUCUGUAAGUUUUGGGCUUCUAAAGUUCUGAUUCUAGGCAUAGAACUAAGACUCAAUGAUGCUAGAUUUCAUUUUCCUUAAGGUAUAAGACUCUAGGUUCUAGAAUUCUAUAAUUCUAGACAUAGAGGUUUUAAGGCUUAAUGUUCUAAAAUUUGAUGUUCUAAGCCUCUUAAGAGUAUAAAUCCCUUGGCUAACUCUAGACUCUAGCAGUGGUUCUCAAUCUUCCUAAUGCCGCAACCCUUUAAUAUAG